AUGGCACCACCGUCACGAUUUGACGACCCGGAGUUCAUCAGCAAGUUCUUGAACGUUGUCCAUUGCCGUCCUUUAUCCUCAGUCGACGAUGUCGGACCUGGUGCUGAACGUGCGAGCUCGAACUUGAACCCAGAGAGCGCGGAGAUUGUUCCCAUAUCCCUUCCUAUCGACGACAAAGAAGAGAUUGCAAACAUGGGAGAUGCCGCUCGUCAACCUGUCGUCCAGCAGUCGGAGCCAACAUGCUCUACUCCAAGCUGGCAAUCACCAGCAUCACCUCCUUUCCCGCAGAUAUCGAGCCUGCAAGACACUGGCAGCGUUGACCUGGUCCAAGACGAAAACGGCUUUGUGACCGAAGCUUCAGCUCCAACUCCUGUGCCUCAAGAACACGUGCUGACCCCCGAACAACCGAACGUGAAAGCUCCUUUUCGUGGGAAGCACCUGACGCCUACCCAGCAUCGGUUGCUCAAAGGGAAGAAACCGGGUGUCGAGCAUCUAACCGAGAAGAAGCUUUCGGAGAUGCAACAACAGGCUCAGGGUUACAUGGACAACGUGGUCGAGGGCUUUCGUAAGGUUGGCCAACCCAUUGUGUCGUCGAAGCAGGCCGACGCCCAAGGACCCGAGUCAUCAGGUGUCAAGCACGACAGCGACUCUGAAAUCAGCAGCAUCCCGUUUCCGGAAAUGGACGAAACCCCAAUCAGCGCCGAAGUUCACCACAUUACUCUCAAGGAGGAGAAGGCGUCCACUGCACCCUCAACCACCCCAGUGGCAGAAGGCCAAGGCAAUGCUGCGCAACAGGAGAAGCAGCCACUGGAGAGCUUGCCUACCUUUGGCGAAACUCCAAUCAUCAGCACUCUGGAUAAUAUGAAGUUGUCCGAUCAUGGCUCACAGGAACCAAAUACCACAACCAACAAGACUGUCAUGAAAGACGAGGCAGUCCCUGCUGCAGAGGUCUCAACCAAAGAGCUGGAUAGCCCCGAUGGUGGUGUCAUGGUUGAGAACGAUCCCAAGGCAACUGACGCCGUUUGCAAACACACACAAUCGCCUACCAUUGUGGUUACGGCCAAUACCGACACAGAUGACAGCGUCGCAGGAGGCUACAUGGCAGAGGAUCGAGGGAAUCUUGUUCGUUUGAAGACAUGGGGCACGCCGGCUGCCCGUAACAACCCCAGAUCACGUCAACGUACCAUCAUCCUUUCCGGUCUUCCACACGGUGCAGACCUCGCCCUAGUCCAGUCAUUCAUCCAUGGCGGCGUGGUUGAAUGUAUGAGGCUGGUCAGCGGUAGCUCAGAAAACCCGUCUCUUUCUGCCCACGUCACCUUCGUCAGUCCUGACGCCUGUGAUCGCUACUACGACAAAUAUCCCGAUGGCUUCGACAUCCGUCACCAAGGCAAGAAAUGGCCGGUGCUUGUCCACAAGAGAGACGGCGUCGAUGUUGUCAGCGGGAUGCUGCAAGGCUACCUCGAGUGUGGCGCUACCCGGGUUGUCAAGGUGAACAAUGCUGCCGAAGACUGGGGAAUUGUGGCAUUGAACAAGCUCGCCCAAGGAAAGGCUGCAACACGUCGAGUGGAGGCUAUCCAUGACACAUACCACAACAGAACACGCACCAUCAUCUUCCGCUUUGCCAACAUCGACCACGCUGUCAAGUUCAAGGGUAUCCUCAUGCGCAGUGACGAUUGGGAAGGAUGUCAUAUCGAAUUUGCAGAAGAUCCAUGUGCAAAAGCCACCGAUUUUCACCAUGAGUAG